GGAGAAUAGGUUAAACUUUUACAAAAGUUUUUUUUUUAUCAUUUGCAUCGAAUUCAUGUUGACCCUUAAUCAUCAUGCAGCAUCGUUAGAAGUAGCAUGACUUCAUAUAUUCAAAAUGGAUUCAAAUGACAACAGUUCAAAAGAGAACUGCAUUCCUCCAAAUGUCGAAAACCAAGAAACAGGCAAUGCUCCGGUCAGCAAAGGAAGUCCAGGAGGAACCAAGAGACCUGCUGCUGGCAGCAGAUCUCGACCUCCUAUACCCCAAAAGCCUCCCGUUGCCAAGAAACCCAAUCUCACGACAGGAUCUCAUUGUGUGUCUAAAUCUGCAUCCACUUGCACUGUUCCUAACAGCACUAGCUCCCCUCCCACAGAAACACUGCACACGCAUUCAUCCAGCAGUGUUCCACCAGUAAAAACCUCUGCAGACAAAAAAGCUAACAAACAGUCAGUGAAUAACAAUAGAGCUGAGUGCAAUAAUACUAGUGACGUGGUCAGUGUGAAAGACAGGACUAAAACGCUUGGUCUGUAUGCUGCAGGCAAAAGUUUGUUUUACAUAGAUCAGAAGUUUGUGCAUGCCCCUGCACCCCAGACUAAUCCUCCAUCAGCAAGUGCACAUAGUACUGGUAAGGACAAUGCAUGCACACACACACCUGUAUCUGAACCACCGGCACGCACGAGAUCAGCCAAGCUCCGUCUACCACUCAUAGGCUUUAAAAGGAACAGCAAACCCAGUUCCAGUGUGAAAGCAAAAAGGUCAGAGUGGUACACCGAGUUUGAACCUGAUUUUGGUGAUGUUUCAGUAGUAAAGGAAGAUGUUCAUCCCGCCACAGCCUCAAGAGUAGAUAAAUCCCGUGUUGACGAGUCUGGCAAAACAAGAGUCCAAGGCAGUGCUACUGCUGAUGUUGAAGCUAAACCGAAUGCAUCUCUCCUGUCAAAUACGUUUACAGAGUCUGCUAACAAAACAGGACCGCCUAAGUCUCCAAAACCGGCUACUCGGAAAAGUGUGCAACCAAAAAGUACUACAACAUCUCCUUCACCUCAGAAAGUACGCCCACAGCCUGUGCCAAGGAAAAGGAGGAAUGUUAUGUCUACAAUAUCAACUGAUGGAUUAAACAGUUCAGUGCCUGAGUCUGUGAUGGAGAGCAAGAAUUCUCCUGCAAAUAGUAUGUCAGCAAAAGAUUCUGUGAAUGCGGGUAAAGAUAAUGACAGUAAAAUUCAACCCAAUGAAUAUGUGCCACAGAUUAUAGAAAAUGAUUUAAAACCAGACCAUUGCUCAGCUUUGUCAAAAGUUGAUGAUUCAGAUGCUGCAGUAACCAAUGGCACUGCUGAAAAAACAGAUCAUUUAGAGGAUUCUGAAUGUGGAGAAGUUGUAUGUUGUGAAACUACUGCUGAUGUUAGUCCUAAUAAUGGUAAUACUUUUCAGACACCCUCAGGGGCUUCCACCGAUGUACAGCAGACACUUCUGUUGACAGUGUUGACAGUGAAAUAG